GAACCAUGAGCGAUAACACAUAUGACCUUGACGCGAGUGGUGUCGAAUUUUAAAAAGCAGAUUUUUAGGGCGUAGUUGUAGUUACUGUCUCAGUGCUGUUACGCUGUUUGCGAGGUCUCAAAUGAAUCUAAGGACACACACAGUUUUUGGUUGUUUACCCAAGUGGCACUACAAAAUAGUGUUGUGCAGGUCUUACAAAGCUAAAAAUGAGCCCGUUUUAUUGCAUAAACCUGGCAGUAAUGAGCGUCAAAAAUUGGACGCUACACUGCAUACUAUGAUUUCCAAAGCUCCGUAUAACGUGCCUAUUUGUAUUGAUUCGCAAGAGGAAUCAUCAAAAGAACUUCGAAAACAAGUUUUGCCAUUUGAGCAUUCGAAAACGCUGGCGAAUUUCUACUAUGGUUCAGAAGAACAAAUUAAACGCGCGAUUGAAUCGUGUCUUGCGGCUCGCCAGAAGUGGUCUCGCACCAGUUUUGAUGAACGUGCUAAAAUAUUCCUAAGAGCAGCUGACCUUGUUGGUGAUAAACGCCGAAUGGAAUUAUUAGCUUCAACCAUUCUCGGUCAGGCAAAAACUAUUUUCCAAGCAGAAAUAGAUGCAGCUGCGGAGUUGGCUGAUUUUUUGAGGUUUAAUGUGCAGUUUGCCUCAGAAGCCCUGGCAUACAAGCCAAUUAAUACUGAGGAUGCAAGAAACGAAGUUGUGUAUCGACCAACUGAAGGAUUCUGGGCUGCAAUACCACCAUUCAACUUUACUGCUAUCGCUGGUAAUCUGGCGAGCGCACCAGCCUUAAUGGGCAAUGUUGUGAUUUGGAAACCUUCUGAUACAGCAGUAUAUUCAAAUUAUCUUGUCUACAGAUUAUUCCGUGAGGCUGGUUUGCCACCUGGUGUGAUUAACUUUGUGCCGGCUGAUGGUCCUACAUUUGGUAGGGUAGUGUGUGAACACCCUCAACUUGCAGGUAUAAACUUCACCGGUAGCACCAAAACAUUCCGUACUAUUUUGAAAAUGAUUGGUAACAAUCUGGACAAGUACACUGGAUAUCCAAGAACUAUAGGUGAAUGUGGUGGCAAAAAUUAUCACUUUCUUCAUCCAUCUGCUAAUUUAGAAGAAGCUGCUCUAGGUACUAUUCGUAGUUCAUUUGAAUACUCUGGACAAAAGUGUAGUGCAUGCAGUCGUCUAUAUGUACCAGAGAGUUUAUGGGAAAAAUUUAAAGGUCUACUUCUCAAUCACUAUAAACAAUUAAAAGUUGGAUCACCGCUUGAUUCAGAUACAUUCACUUCGGCUGUUAUAGAUCGAAAUGCAUUCAAAAAAAUUUCUAGUUACCUACAAUAUGCAUCAAGUUGUCCAGAUAUUGAAGUUAUUGCUGGCGGUCAUGGAAAUGAUAAAGUUGGCUAUUUUAUUGAACCUACAAUAUUGAGAACCAAGAAUCCAACGGAUAAAUUAAUGAAGGAUGAUAUUUUCGGACCAAUUGUAUGUGCAUACGUGUAUCGUGACAAUGAAGUCGAUAAAACAUUAGACUUGGUCAACACAACCACAGAGUAUGCAUUGACUGGUGCUAUUUUUGCUCAAGAUGAAGCAUUCAUCAAGUCUGCAACUGAUCGUCUUAUUGAUACAACUGGUAACUUUUAUGUAAAUGUUCAAUCGACUGGAUCUGUAGUUGGUCAACAACCAUUUGGAGGCGCUAGAUUAUCAGGUACAAAUGAUAAAGCUGGAGGACCUCAAUAUGCACUACGUUUUACAUCUCCACUUUCUAUUAAAAGACAAUUGAAGCCUAUACCAUCAUGGAAACAAGCUCAUAUGAAGUAAAACAGAAAAAAAAUAGUCUGGAUGGAAGGGAAGUUCUUGUGAUUUCUGCAAAUCACAUAUUCAGUGUAUUCACUUGUGUAUGUGUGUGUGUGCGUGCGUGUGACUACUGAGGAGUGCUUUACUCAUGUUGGAAUUAUUGUUUUGAAGAAAUUUUCACUAUAUUUUUCUCCAUAAUAAUACAUAAGUGUUGUUCAUCGUUCGUGUUUAAAUACA